UUCAGGUUACAGGUGUCGGUGGUACUAUACUAGUUGUAGUGUGGUUGUCUUUUUCCUCUGUUUAAGCCUUUCCUUUUCUCUCUAUUCAUUUACAGCUAUACACAUAUUCAUUCAUACAUAGAGACACUGUCACUCAAUUGACAAAAUCGAACGCUUGGGAGAGGGAGUUAUCCAUUGUUUUCAUCACCUUUUCUUUGCUCCCACUCAAUUCUCGAUCUGGGUUUCUCUCUUUUUAUCAAUUUGUUGGGGAUUUGCUCAACUGGGGUGUUUGCUUUUGUCUCUUGGAAGCUACAAGGUUGGGAGGUUUCGGGUGAUUUGCCUUCAUUGCCUGAAAAUUCAUCUGGGGUUCUGAGAUUCUCUUUGAUCCGUUUGUUUUCAGUGGAAGUGGUGCAAAAUAUUGUUUUUUUAGGUUUAACUUCUUAAGAGAAAAACAGGGAGCUGUUUCAGAAGAGGUGAAUCUUCCAAAUCGAUCUUCUGAGGUAUCUGAAAGUGUUGAAAUUAAGGAGUGUGGCUUGAAAUACUACCCUUUGGUCCCUUAUUUUCAUUUGAGAAGUGUUGUGUAGAGGGAACUAUGGAGUCUGAAGGCGAAGCUGGGGCAAAGCCAGUGACAGCAUUGAGUGCCCAAGUGUGCCAGAUAUGUGGUGAUGGUGUUGGGAAGAAUGUGGAUGGUGAACCAUUCAUUGCGUGCGAUGUUUGUGCUUUCCCUGUAUGCAGACCCUGCUAUGAGUAUGAAAGGAAGGAUGGGAAUCAGUCUUGUCCCCAGUGCAAAACCCGGUACAAGAGGCACAAAGGGAGUCCUGCAAUUCUUGGAGACACGGAAGAGGAUGGUGCUGCUAUUGAUGGUGCCGCUAUUGAUGGUGCCAGUGACUUUAAUUACGAUUCAGACACUCAAAACCAAAAGCAGAAGAUUUCAGAGCGCAUGUUAAGCUGGCAAUUGACUUAUGCACGAGGAGAGGAGGUCGGUGCUCCAAAUUAUGAUAAGGAAGUUUCUCACAACCAUAUUCCUCUGUUGACCAGUGGACAAGAGGUGUCCGGAGAGUUGUCUGCAGCCUCACCUGAGAGGCUCUCAAUGGCAUCUCCUGCAGCUGGUGGAGGAAAACGUGUUCAUAAUAUUCCAUAUUCAUCUGAUAUUAAUCAAUCUCCUAAUGUCAGAGCAGGGGAUCCAGGUUUGGGUAAUGUUGCAUGGAAAGAAAGAGUUGAUGGCUGGAAGAUGAAGCAAGAAAAAAAUGUUGUUCCUAUGAGCACCGGCCAAGCUGCUUCUGAGAGAGGAGCUGGAGAUAUUGAUGCUACUACUGAUGUGCUUGUGGAUGAUUCCUUGUUGAACGACGAAGCUCGACAGCCUCUUUCUAGGAAGGUUUCGAUUCCAUCAUCUAGGAUAAAUCCAUAUCGUAUGGUCAUUAUGUUGCGGCUGGUUAUCCUUUGCAUUUUCUUGCAUUAUCGGAUAACGAAUCCAGUGCCGAAUGCAUAUCCAUUGUGGUUGGUAUCAGUUAUAUGUGAGAUUUGGUUUGCCAUAUCUUGGAUAUUGGAUCAAUUCCCCAAGUGGCUUCCUGUCAACCGUGAAACAUAUCUUGACAGGCUCGCAUUGAGGUAUGAUAGGGAAGGAGAACCUUCACAACUAGCUGCCGUUGACAUUUUUGUCAGUACUGUUGAUCCAUUAAAGGAACCUCCUCUUGUGACUGCCAAUACUGUACUGUCUAUUCUGGCAGUUGACUACCCUGUGGAUAAGGUCUCCUGCUAUGUGUCUGAUGAUGGUGCUGCUAUGUUGACUUUUGAAGCCCUUGCCGAGACAUCAGAAUUUGCGAGGAAAUGGGUUCCCUUUUCCAAGAAGUAUAGCAUUGAACCCCGUGCACCCGAGUGGUACUUUGCACAAAAGAUUGACUACUUGAAAGAUAAGGUUCAUCCAUCAUUUGUCAAGGAUCGUAGAGCAAUGAAGAGAGAAUAUGAGGAAUUCAAAGUUCGUAUCAAUGGACUAGUUGCAAAGGCACAAAAAAUUCCCGAAGAAGGAUGGGUGAUGCAAGAUGGUACACCAUGGCCUGGAAAUAACACCAGAGACCAUCCCGGAAUGAUUCAGGUUUUCUUGGGCCAAAGUGGAGGACUUGACACUGAGGGCAAUGAACUUCCCCGUUUAGUCUAUGUGUCUCGUGAAAAGCGCCCAGGUUUCCAACAUCACAAGAAAGCUGGUGCAAUGAAUGCACUUGUAAGAGUAUCUGCAGUCCUUACUAAUGGACCUUUCUUAUUGAAUCUUGAUUGUGAUCACUACAUAAACAACAGCAAGGCCUUGAGGGAAGCUAUGUGCUUUAUGAUGGAUCCCAACCUUGGUAAACAUGUUUGUUAUGUCCAGUUUCCGCAGAGGUUUGAUGGUAUUGAUAGAAAUGAUCGUUAUGCCAAUCGUAAUACAGUGUUCUUUGAUAUAAACUUGAGAGGCUUGGAUGGCAUUCAGGGUCCUGUUUAUGUUGGUACUGGAUGUGUCUUCAAUAGGACAGCUUUAUAUGGUUAUGAACCACCUCUUAAACCCAAGCACAAAAAGCCUGGGUUGUUAUCAUCACUUUGUGGUGGAAAUCGGAAGAAGAGUUCAAAGUCUAGUAAGAAAGGAUCAGACAAGAAAAAAUCUGGGAAGAAUGUUGACCCAACUGUACCUAUUUUCAGUCUAGAGGAUAUAGAAGAAGGAGUAGAAGGUACUGGAUUUGAUGAUGAGAAAUCACUACUUAUGUCACAAAUGAGCCUUGAGAAAAGGUUUGGUCAGUCUGCAGUUUUUGUAGCCUCCACUCUUAUGGAGAAUGGUGGUGUUCCUCAGUCUGCUACUCCAGAAACUCUUCUUAAGGAGGCUAUUCAUGUUAUCAGCUGUGGUUAUGAGGAUAAAUCAGAAUGGGGAUCGGAGAUAGGAUGGAUCUACGGUUCUGUCACAGAAGAUAUUCUUACCGGAUUUAAGAUGCAUGCCCGCGGUUGGCGGUCAAUAUACUGCAUGCCUAAGCGGCCGGCGUUUAAAGGUUCUGCUCCCAUCAAUCUUUCUGACCGUCUAAACCAAGUGCUCCGAUGGGCUUUAGGUUCUGUGGAAAUUCUUUUCAGUAGACAUUGUCCCAUCUGGUAUGGUUAUGGUGGAAGGCUAAAGUGGCUUGAAAGGUUUGCUUAUGUGAACACCACAAUCUAUCCAGUCACAGCCAUUCCCCUUCUCAUUUAUUGUAUCUUGCCCGCAGUCUGUCUGCUCACCAACAAGUUCAUCAUUCCGCAGAUCAGUAACCUUGCAAGCAUAUGGUUCAUCUCUCUCUUUCUUUCCAUCUUUGCAACCGGAAUCCUGGAGAUGAGGUGGAGCGGCGUAGGAAUCGACGAGUGGUGGAGGAAUGAACAGUUCUGGGUCAUCGGCGGUGUGUCGGCCCAUCUCUUCGCCGUUUUCCAGGGCCUUCUGAAAGUGCUGGCUGGAAUUGACACCAACUUCACUGUGACCUCGAAGGCCUCAGAUGAAGAUGGAGAUUUUGCUGAGCUCUACAUGUUCAAAUGGACCACCCUUCUGAUCCCUCCCACAACCCUUCUCAUAAUAAACCUUGUAGGAGUUGUUGCUGGCAUCUCCUACGCCAUCAACAGUGGCUACCAAUCCUGGGGACCCCUCUUUGGGAAGCUUUUCUUUGCAUUCUGGGUCAUCAUCCAUCUCUACCCUUUCCUCAAAGGUCUCAUGGGCCGCCAGAACAGAACACCAACCAUUGUGGUGGUGUGGUCCAUUCUGCUUGCAUCCAUUUUCUCUCUGUUGUGGGUGAGAAUUGAUCCUUUCACCACAAGGGUCACUGGCCCUGAUGUUGAAGAGUGUGGUAUUAACUGCUAGACCAAAAGACAAGUAUGUCUGUGUUGUGUUCUGCGUUUUUGUAAUUAUAGCUAUUGUUUGUAGUAACCAUGGAUGUUUGUUCUGUCUUUUAUGUUAUGUGCAGUUCAUAGAAGAUACAUAAGAAAACAACUUAGUGUUAGAUCUUGAACUCUCUGGCAUUGUUUUGUUUCUCAAACGUGCCUUCCAGUUUUGUAUGUACACAUCUUUCUCAGUGUUUUGUGAUCAGAAACACACUACUUUUUACAUUUAUAAACACUUUGCCAUUCUAAUAGUU